AUGACCAAGGAGGAGGAGCUACCAGACUGGCAUUCGGCCCAGGAAUUUUAUCAGAAUUAUGACCCGAAGGAAAUUCUGGGCAGAGGGGUAAGCAGCGUGGUUCGUCGGUGCAUUCACAAACCCACCAGCCAAGAGUAUGCGGUUAAGAUUAUAGACAUCACAGCUGGUAAUUUAUCCCCAGAGGAGGUCCAGGAGCUGAGGAAAGCCACUAUCAAGGAGAUAGACAUCCUUCGGAAGGUCUCAGGACAUCCCAAUAUCAUUCAGCUGAAGGAUAGUUAUGAAUCCCACACCUUUUUCUUCUUGGUGUUUGACCUAAUGAAGAGAGGAGAGCUCUUUGAUUACCUCACAGAGAAAGUCACCUUAAGUGAGAAGGAAACCAGGAAAAUUAUGCGUGCACUGCUGCAAGUGAUCCAAUACCUCCAUUCCAUGAACAUCGUCCACAGAGACCUGAAGCCGGAGAACAUUCUCCUGGAUGACAACAUGAACAUCAAGCUGAUGGACUUUGGCUUCUCCUGCGAGUUGAAUAGGGAUGAGAAGCUCAAAGAAAUCUGUGGCACUCCUGGUUAUCUAGCACCUGAAAUAUUAGAGUGCUCCAUGGAUAAGGGCCAUCCAGGGUAUGGAAAGGAAGUUGACAUGUGGAGUAGUGGUGUGAUCAUGUACACCCUGCUGGCUGGCUCGCCGCCCUUCUGGCACCGGAAGCAGAUGCUCAUGCUGCGGAUGAUCAUGAGCGGGAAUUACCAGUUCAGCUCUCCAGAGUGGGAUGAUCAGUCAGACACAGUCAAAGAUCUGAUUUCCCGGCUCCUGGUGGUGAAUCCUAAGAAGCGCUACACAGUCAACGAUGCGCUGGCCCACCCGUUCUUCCAGCAAUAUGUCGUGGAGGAAGUACGGAACUUCAGCCCUUUAAGGAAACUUAAGGUCAUCUGCCUGACAGUUCUGGCAUCAGUCCGCAUCUAUCAUCACUAUCGGAAUGUCAAGCCAAUUACCAGGGAGGUAAUGAUGAGAGACCCCUACGCUCUGAAACCCAUUCGCAAACUCAUUGAUGCCUGUGCGUUUAGAAUCUAUGGACACUGGGUGAAGAAAGGAGAAGCACAGAACAGAGCAGCCCUGUUUGAGAACACUGCAAAGGUGAUUUUGCUGAGCUUAGCCGCGGAGGAAGCGUUAUUUUGA